AUGGAACCCGUCGGUUUAGCAGUGGGUGUUCUCGGGCUCUCUGGGCUGUUCAGUGUCUGUCUAGAAGCUGUCGCCAGGUUUGACGCAUGGAAGAAGUUUGAUGGCGAUAUCGCGUUUCUUGGCCUGCGUGUCGAGGCCGAGCGGCUGCGUCUUGACAAAUGGGGCCUAGCCGCCGGGUUCCAGCCGAACAGCACCUUUGGCAACGACAAGGACGACGUCAUUAAGAGUCGCCACCAUGUCGCUCUCCAUGAUAAGCGCACUGCGGACAUUGUCAAGAAGCUUCUGAUACUCCUUCGGGAUGUCUGCGCAGGCAGAGAUGGCUUGUUGUUCCUGGACCUCACGGGAAUUCUUCGCUCCGGUAGCGACCUGACUACCCCUCAGAACCCCUUCGGAAUAUCAUCCAUCUCCCGGCGUGCCAGACUCAAAUGGGCACUCAAGGACAAGGCCACUUGCGUAGCCAGGGUUGAGCAGAUUGAACUGGUAGUUCAGAAAUUGCACGACUUGGUGCCUUCCUCUGGGCCUCUUCGAGUCACAGACGACGCAGCAGCGGCCCAUCAGCAGGUUUCCGAUGACCUGACUCGUGUCUUGGCAGAUAGAGAAGAUGUUCGAAGCGCAAUUCUCAAGAUUGAGCAAAGCCUUAAUGCGAAGACCCGCAGAGAGCUGCACUCGUGGCUUCUGGGGCGCCACACUCCAAACGAAAUCUUCGAGACUGCACUGAAGCGGAAGCAAGAAAGCACAUGCCAGUGGAUUCUCAAUCGAAAAGAGUUUCUCAAGUGGGUUUCUUCAGACGAUCUUGUCGCCAAGUUUCUAUGGAUCAAUGGGCCGGCCGCUUUCGGCAAAACAAUCCUUUGCAGCGCCCUCAUUACUCAUUUACAAUCUACGUUGAAAACGCCGGUUGCUUUCUAUUUCUUCUCCUCAGAUGAUCUUGAGAGUCGUCGAGAUCCUUUUUCGGCUCUCCGCUUGUGGCUUGUUCAGCUUUUGUCCAAUGACACAAUCUUUUAUGCGCUUCGUGGACGAUUCGAGUCAAGCCAAGGGCAGGCCGCCUCAACAGGAGAUGUUAUCAGUGCAUUCAAGGAUGCCGUGCAAAUGUUUCCAGAGUGCAUAUUUGUUAUGGACGGUUUGGACGAAUGUGAGAAUGGAGAAGACAGCUGCUCCGUUACCGACUUUCUAAAGACACUAAGCUGGGUAAUUUCUGGAACCCGCGCGCGCAUCUUGAUCACAAGCCGCGAUGAGACAGCUAUCCGCCAAGGUUUAUUCGGAACCGCCGGGGUAGCCGCUGUUGAAUAUAAAAUUUCGCAAAAGGAUGUUCAUCCAGACAUUGGCAAAUAUUGCCAAGCUGUUAUUCACGAGAAACUUUUCGGAAGAGAUGAAAAGCUGUGCGACGACUUGAGCCAAAAGAUGGCAAAGCGCUGCAACGGACAAUUCCUUUGGAUCAAACUCCAGGGAUCCCGGCUCAGCAGGUACAAGUCUGCGGCGAAACUUGAAGCUGAGAUUGACAAGACUCCCUCGGGACUCGAUCAUCUAUACGAUCGUAACUGGGGAAUAAUCGAAAAACGCGAGCCUGCGGCCAGGGAACGAGCCUACGCUAUGAUGAGAUGGGAGGCUGUUUCUUUCGGUAAUAUUGAUAUGGCAAAGGUCUUACUGAACGCGGGAGCCGACAUUUUCGCACAAGACAAGGACGGGAGAACUGCACUGCAUGCUGCCUCGCUAAUGGGUAGGCUGGAGCUUAUGCAGGUAUUUCUGGAUCGAGGUGUGGAUGUUAAUGUGCGUGACUCGCUCAACAGAACGCCGCUACAUGAAGCGGCCUGCAAUUCAGACGCCCGAGCCGUGCAAAUAUUGUUAAAGCGCGGUGCCGAUCGUCGUGCACAAGACAAAAAGGCAAAAACUGCACUACAUGUUGGCUCUUUGGCGGGCCGUCUUGACGUCGUUCGCAGCCUUCUGAAGCAGAGCGUGGAGCCUGAUGAUGGCAACUCCUUGCAGUCACACGCCACGUCUGAAGUUGACGCAAGGGCAAAGAACGAUUGGACUCCGAUACACUUCGCCGCAGCAGCGGGAUUCGCAGACAUUGUCCAGGUUCUCAUCGACUUUGGAGCUGAUAUCUCGGCGACGGACGACCUAGGUAACACCCCAAGCCACUUCGCCGCUGUCAGAGGCCAGGCAGAUGUUAUUCGCAUCCUCGGCAAGCACGGUUCUCGAUUCUCGGUACAUAACAACGAUGGAUACAGUCCCCUCGACUUCGCCUCACGCCAGGGUCACGUCAACGUUGUUGAGGCCAUUCUCGAGCAGGAGCUUUCAGCAGCGGAUAUUGACCAAGUAUCCGGAGACAACAUCACGUCGAUGCAUGCUGCCUGCAUUAUGGGUCAUGUGGAAAUUGUGAAGCUUCUUCUACAGGCUGGGGCCGAUCCCGAAAACCAGCACGAUCCUGAUUCGAAUCCGAUCAUUGCUGCUUGUAUCAAUGGUCACUCUGAGCUGGUCCAGCUGCUACUAGCUGCUGGAGCUGACCUAGGGGUCACGAAUUCGGCGAAACAAACGCCGCUUCAUGUCGCCUCAUUGCACGGUUUUACAGAAGUUGUUUACCUCCUUCUAGAAGGAGGGGCAGAUCCCGCGGCCCUUGACGACCACCGCUUUACCCCGGCAUUUCAUGCGGCACGAGGAGGCCACGCCUCCAUGCUGCGACUACAGCUGGAUGCCGGCGCCAACAUCCAUGCAACAGAUAUCAAUGGGAAUACAUUAUUCCAUGUUUCGGUCCCUCAUGCAGCGGUUGUUGAACUUCUGGUCGAGAAAGGGCUGGAUAUAAAUGCUGUGAGCGCAAAAGGGUAUACACCGUUGCAUGUUGCGGCGGUUCUAGGGCAUGUUCCGGCCGUCAAGUUGCUUCUCGAGAAUGGCGCAUCCUUGGAAAUCAAAGACGGUCAAGCAAACAACGCACUUAUGCUAGCAGCUCAAUACGGGCAUGCAGAGGUAGCAAGGCUAUGCAUCGAAUCUGGGACCGAUGUCGAUGCCGUCGACCUGGACGGCUUCACUGCACUAGCAAUUGCUGCAGGUCGGGGUCAUGCUACCAUUGUCGAGCUUCUUCUUGCCGGAGGAGUGGACUUGCGACGGAAGGCCAUCGCCAAACUGCUGUUGGAGAGAGGCGUCGACGUGGGGGGGACCGAAACGGGCGGCAACGGAACUACAGCACUAUCCGCGGCCUCUUUCGGCGGCCACGCCACAACGGUGGCCUUGCUGCUAGAGAGGGGCGCCAACGUCGAACCGGAAGGCAUCAGUGAAGGCACACCGCUCCUCGCCGCGGCGUUGCAGGGCCAGGUCGAGGUAGCGCGGCUCCUACUCGACCACGGGGCGCAGGUCGAUGCGGCCAUCGACGGCGGCUACACCCCGUUGAGUAUCGCGACGCAUGCCGGCCACCUCACCAUGGCCAGGCUAUUGGUGGAGGUUGGAGGCGCCCGGGUAGACCUGUGCACUGUCGAUGGCAGGACUCCGCUGAUGGUCGCGUCUACGGGGGGGCGCGCCGCCAUCGUCGAGCUGUUGCUGUCGGGGCGGCGCGGCGCGGCGGCAGACUACGUCGAUGCCAGGGACCGCCACGGGCAGACGGCAUUUUCGCUUGCUGUCCGGUGCGGAGCGCGCGCGACGGCCCGCGCACUCCGGGCGACCGGGGUGGUCGACCUCCUAUCCGAGGACAAGUAUGGCCGAACGCCGCUAUGCUGGGCUCGGCGGCUCGGCUACGCCGACAUGGAGGAGUUUCUCGCGGCCGACGACGGUGGCGCGGAGGACGGGAAACUUCUCGCAUACGGCACCGGCGAUGACCCGGGUCCCCUAGUCUGCCACGUCUGCCUCCUGCCCGUGCCCGAGGACAUGAGCUUCGGCAUCUGCGAGGUGUGCCCGACGUUUUCGGGCCGCUUCUCCGUCUGUCACGAAUGCUACGAGCUCGGCGCUCGUUGCGCGGAUCAAAGGCAUAGCUUGAAGGAGAGGCCUACGCCAACACAAAGCAUGGCUGAAUUACAUGUUUGA